AUGACCAAGUCCAUCCUCGCCCUCGCCGCCUUUGCAUGCGGCGCUGAUGCCGCCAUCAAGGCUGUCUGGCAGGGCGGCUCGUGCUCCAGCCCCACGGGCCCUACCAUCGACAUCUCCCCUGUGGGCGUCAACACCUGCACGUUGUACAACUUCUUCCCCAACGACGACCCCCGCGGCCACGUCCAGGUCACGGUUGAUGGCGGCACCAACGGCAUCGCCUUUUUCCAGCUGCCCCAGUCCCAGGAGGACCAGCACAUCCAGUGUGGCUCCUUGCAGGGUAUCUUCCACCAGUCUGGCUGCUACGACUCCGUCACCCCGGCCCUCGACGUUGUGGUUGCCGAGUGCGACCAGACCGGUUGCAACAACCUGGCCGGCAUCCCCUCUGGCGUCUUGGUCGCCGCCAUCGAGCCCAUGUCAAGCGUCUCCAAGGCUGACGUUGAGGAGCCAAAGAAGGUCCAGAAGAAGCGCGAGAGCAUAUCGAAGCGCCGCGAGAACAGUAUCGUCCGCCGCGACGGCUGCAGCGGCUCUACUUCCGUCACCUGCGACGACUGCGUAACUUGCUUUUCUCAGGGCGCACGUGUCUCCGCCUUCAUCAGCUGCCCCGCUCAGGGCCAGUCUUGCGCUGUUCAGCUGACCCAAUCCAUUACCGUGACCGACUCAUACAGCAUCUCGGUCGGCGUGGCUGACGUCUUCACUGCGUCGGUCGAGACCAGUCACUCCAUCGCCGUCACCGACGGCAGCUCGCAGACCUUUACCGUGUCUCCUGGCCAGGCCGGCUUUGUCCAGUACGAGCCCCUUGCCCAGUGUGGUACCAAGACUGUCCACAACGGCGACGGCUCUGUCUGCGCCCAGGCCAAGGGCACUUUCAUCCUCGACAACCAGGGUUCAGGUGGCCAGUUCUCUUUCGUCCGCUCCAACUAA